AUUUGCAAGGUGCUUCCCUUUUAGACAAAGUUUUUUGUAUUAUUUUUUUUUUGGUAAAAAUUCUUCCCCAUUUUCCUUCUCUCUAUAUUUUUAUUUUCAUCCUUUUGGUCAAUAUAUAGAUUCAUUUAUUUUCCUAUAAGAAAUAGAUUCGUUCUAAUCUUUUUAUCUCUUUCACAUUCUUUCCUUUUUUAUUUUAUUUUUGUACCUUCUCAUUAGUUUUUCAUCCCGUGAUAUGUACAUUAUAAAUACGUAUCUAUUGAAAAAAAAAGUAGACAACAAGACAAGGUAUGGGCAAGUUUGUAAUAAGCCUCUUGGUGUUGCUGGUGUCGCUUGAUGCGACGACCAGUGUUUUGGGUCUUCCGUUACUGAUAAGGUUUAACAUCGAGGUUGCAAAUGCCCUCCAAUCCAACAAGGGGCUGAAAGUGUAUUGCCGAGCCAAAGACGAGUCUUUCCCAACUAAAGUUCUAAACGUUGGUAGCUGGUAUCAGAUGAAGUUCAGAGUCUACCUGAAAACUUUGUUCUGGUGCAACCUCUGGCAGGGACCAAAUUUCCAACACUAUGCGAAAUUCGAUGCGUUCGUUAAUAACAAAAGUUUCGUAGACGAUGUAUGUGGAGGCCGUAAUCCUAAUGUAUGCAGAUAUGAAGCGAGAGAGGAUGGAGUUUAUGUUCGUGACAAUGCAAAUGGAGAAUAUAGGCUUCUUAUAAAAUGGGACGUAUCCCCUUAGCAAAGAGACGUAAACCGUACUAUCGCAUCUCAUCGGAUGGGUUCUAUUCACUCUAUCCUGGUUUGAGUAAUAA